AUGUUACAAUUACACGUUUGGGGUGAAGGGGGUAGGAUUUCGGUGAUAUCUCCCGAGUGCUUAGCGAGUCUGUGGCUUCUUCUGUCCCUCGACAUACCGUAUGAGAUUGUAACUUCUUCCAACACCAAUGUAUCGACCAUCAACAAGUUGCCGGUCUUGAUCGAAGACACCGUCAAAUACCAGGGAUAUGAGGAGAUUUCAGCAUACUUGAUUGAAAAAUAUCCUUCCAGCCGUGUCGUUGGCUCCAGUGACUUGUCCAAAAAGGAGCAACUCGUCAAUCUGGCGUUGCUCAACAUCAACCUACACAAGAUAGAAUACAUCCACCAAUACAAUUUGUAUAUCAACACCAGAAACUAUGAAAAGUACACCAGAAAACAGUUCCAGAAAUACUUCCCUUUCCCCAUGAUGUACAACCAACCAUUGAAGUUCUACAAUAACGCACAAGCCCAAGUGGCAUUGUUGGGGUUGAACACCAAGGGUGGUGGAUUUUUCAACUUCACAGGACAAACCUCGGAACUGGCCCAAACCGAAUAUAUCAAUGAUGAUGCUGAUGAGCCGGACCAAGUGGCGAUCAGUACCUUGCACGAGAGACAAUUAAUCACGAAAUCUAAGGAGAAAAUGGCACUCAAAGAAAGCAAGAACUCCUUGAGGUGUUUGGUCUUGAUCAACGAGUACUUACAGCAUUAUAUCAGAAUAUUUGCUAAGAGAAAUGCAGAAGACGGCUCCGAUUUCGGGCCAAUUUUUGAUACCACGAAGUUCUCAUCGUCAGAAUUAUUGCUCUAUGCUUACAUCUACUCUUUGACCUUCGAGGAACUUCCUGACACCUUCUUGCAGAAUUACUUGCAUCUCAAGCACCCGGAAGUGCUUGACUUUAUAAAGGUUCAAAUUGGCACUUUCAACAAGAUCUUGUAUUCUGGGGAAAAGAUCCGAGGACCGGUUGCUGACGAAGUUCCCAGUUUAUGGAAUGAAAUCAAGUACCUUUCGGGCUAUCUUCAGGUCUAG